GCCCCCGACUCGGGGCCCUAGUAACAUCGGUGGCGUCUUGGGGAGAUAAAAGCAACAAGAUGGGUUUGCUGUCAAUCCUUCGGAAGCUAAAGAGCACACCAGAUCAGGAGGUUCGGAUCUUGUUGCUGGGUUUGGACAACGGGGGAAAGACCACUCUGCUGAAACAACUGGCUUCCGAGGACAUCAGUCACAUCACCCCCACACAGGGCUUCAACAUAAAGAGUGUUCAGUCUCAGGGUUUUAAGUUGAAUGUGUGGGACAUCGGGGGACAGAGGAAGAUCAGACCCUACUGGAGAAACUACUUUGAGAACACUGAUGUACUGAUUUACGUCAUCGACAGUGCAGACAGAAAAAGAUUUGAGGAGACGGGGCAGGAGCUGGCUGAGCUGUUGGAUGAGGAGAAGCUGAGUGGGGUUCCAGUGCUGAUAUUUGCCAACAAGCAGGACCUGCUGACUGCAGCCCCAGCCUCUGAGAUCGCUGAGGGACUUAACCUGCACACCAUCCGGGACCGCGUCUGGCAGAUCCAGUCCUGCUCUGCCCUCACCGGGGAGGGGGUACAGGACGGAAUGAACUGGCUCUGCAAGAGUGUCAAUGCUAAGAAGAAGUAGCACCGAUGUCCGUUUUCACACACCCUGAGCCUUUGGGAGGACAGGGUGUACCUGUGAAUGUACACACUACAUCAACAUGGACUUGAAGAGAGUUUUUAACCGCCUGGCUGGCCUCUACACAUUGUUUACUAAACUACAACUCUUGCUAGAACUACAACUUCCAUGUUGCUCUUCAAAAUGGAGUGGGGGUACAAAGGGAACUCAUCCCAGGAGACCAGAGACGCCCCUCUCUGUCCUAACCAUCCCACCUCCACCCUGUCAAGACACUCCACCUCAGCCUAAACAUCCCACCUCCACCCUGUCAAGACAUUCCACCUCAGCCUAAACAUCCCACCUCCACCCUGUCAAGACAUUCCACCUCAGCCUAACCAUCCCACCUCCACCCUGUCAAGACAUUCCACCUCAGCCUAAACAUCCCACCUCCACCCUGUCAAGACCCUCCACCUCAGCCUAACCAUCCCACCUCCACCC